UAUUAUCCGUUAACUAUUCCGCGGUCACACUGCAGUACACAGAAAAUUUACAUUUUUGUUGAGAAAAUUAGGGAAUUAAACGCACAAAAGGCGAGUUAAAGAGGCCCGAAACGCGCAGCGCGAUUAUCAAUCGCCCCGAGGACCAACAGGCAGUGCAGAAGGAGACCGCGGAACAGGGAUAGCCAGGACAAGGGCCAACGAAAGCAACAGCCCUCCGCCGCCGCCGCCCAAAAAGAGAGGAGAAAAAAAAAACGACUGAGGACUGCCAACCAGCCACAAGAAGAAGCACCCCCGCAAUCGGCCAACUCCAGAGCCCAAGGAAUCCUACAGCCUAGAGCACCAUGCAGGCGAUCAAGUGCGUCGUUGUGGGCGACGGAGCCGUGGGAAAGACCUGCCUGCUGAUCAGCUACACGACCAAUGCCUUUCCCGGCGAGUACAUACCCACCGUUUUCGACAACUAUUCGGCCAAUGUGAUGGUGGACGCCAAGCCCAUCAAUCUGGGCCUCUGGGAUACGGCUGGGCAGGAGGAUUACGAUAGGCUGAGGCCACUGUCCUAUCCCCAGACCGAUGUCUUCCUCAUCUGCUUCUCGCUGGUGAAUCCGGCCUCGUUCGAGAACGUGCGGGCCAAAUGGUAUCCGGAGGUGCGCCAUCACUGCCCCAGCACACCCAUCAUCCUGGUGGGCACCAAGCUGGAUUUGCGCGACGACAAGAACACAAUCGAGAAGCUGCGCGACAAGAAGCUGGCGCCCAUCACCUAUCCACAGGGACUGGCCAUGGCCAAGGAGAUCGGGGCGGUAAAGUAUCUAGAGUGCUCGGCCCUGACGCAGAAGGGACUGAAGACCGUCUUCGAUGAGGCCAUACGGUCCGUUCUGUGCCCCGUGCUGCAGCCCAAGUCCAAGCGCAAGUGCGCCCUGCUCUAAAAGAGUUGUUAGAGAGCCGGAGUUCCCCGCCAGCCCCUCGAUGGACUCUGUUUAAACGUAAUAUUAUUAACUAUAAAAGAGAACAUUAUGUAACCUAAGCGUUGGCCAGGCUAAAUGGCUGAUCCGUAGUUUCUUUGUUACAACUUUGCCACUAAUUUCCGCUGCUACAAGGGGCACUUGCCUGCCCCCCGUUCAAACUCUUGCUUUCGUUUCGUUCCGAGUUCGUUUCGUGUGUUCUGUAAUUCAUAAUCCAAUUCUGUUUACCCGUGCAUUAAUUUCAACUAAAAGUUACAAGCGAGAUGUUUCUAGAUAAAAUGGAGAACUAUAAACUCUAACUGUAUUUUGUAUUAUUUAAUAACUUUUGUAAUUAAAAUUAAUGUUGUAAAACUGAGGUAAAACCAAAAACAAAAAACAUAAAAGAAGCGAAAACCUAAAAAAAAUGUGAGACGUGGACGAGAAUAGCCGCAUAAAGAGCAUAAAGCAUAGAUGUCGCCUGUUGAUCGAAGGUCCUCCAGCCAGGAUCGGAAUAUUGAGUCAGUAAAGUAAACGUUCCAUUGCAAUUACACUUACAUUAUUACAUACUUGUAUUUAGAUGUUGUUGGAUAUCGAAGCGACGACGCGGGCAGGUAACAACUUUUUAAACUUUUGCUAGAUCCAGGAACUAUCAAUAUUUAUAUAUACAUGUAUGUAUAAGAUGAAAAGUCCUUCGUAUACUAUGUACUGAAAUUAAAGGCAUCAAACUGAGCAACUUUGAAUACUUUGUAUUUUAAAACAACAGAUAUUCAAGAAAACCAACAGCAACAAAACAAGAACGAAACCAAGAUAAUUAUAUAAAUGUGUCUAUUUCAAUGGAAAUCAAUAAAGCAUAAA